AAUCAAAGGACACGAAGACUGGAUUCGUGCCAUCGAUGUGUUGGAGAUUAAAAAUAAGAGUCUAAUGAUCGCCACAUCGUCUCAAGACUCGUUCAUUAGAGUCCAUCAAAUUGAACGCUUAGAUGACAGACACCACUCAGAUAUGAAUAGUUUGAUCUUUUCGGCCAAAACUAAAGAUGUAAGCAAUGAUUAUUCGGUUCGGUUGGAGACCGUAUUGGCCGGACACGAGGGUUGGGUCACUGAAGUUCGUUGGCAUGAGUUCUCUCACAAUAGAUUUCAAUUACUGUCCGCUUCAAUGGAUAAGACAAUGAUCUUAUGGCAGUCACCCGAAGAACACAAUUUGGAUGAUCUCUGGAUUGAAUGUCUC